UGUGAGAAAAGCCCGAUUGCAGCAGAAGAGAGAGGGCUACUGAGGGUUACAGAACCAGCCACUUGGCCACAGGAACUGAAAUUUGCACUCUAAGGACCACUGGGUGUGGCCUCAGUGGAAGCUCCCAGCAGCAGCCAUCAUGGUUCUCCUGCUCAUGUCUGUGACUGUGCUGCAUCUGCUCACUCUGGCCAUGCUGUUCAUCGCUACCAUGGAGAAGUCCUGGUGGGUCUGGACCGAUGCUGAGAUCACAGAUCUCUGGUAUAACUGCAUUCAUGACAACGUAACGGGAAACUGGCUGUGUGCUACCACUAAUGAAAAUGACUGGUUGCAGGUUGUCCAAGCCCUGAUGGUCCUCUCUGUGGUCUUCUCCUCUAUCUCCUUCCUGGUCUUCCUGGGUCAGCUCUUCACCAUGUCUAAAGUCGGGCUCUUCUAUUUCACAGGCCUUUGUCAGGUCUUCGCAGGUUUCACAUCAUUUGCUGCCUCGCUCAUCUUCACGUUCCACCGUAAGGAGAUCCUGGAGGACUCUAGAGACCUGAGCAUGGGUCACUUUGGCUACUGCUUCAUCCUGGCAUGGUCCUGUGUACCCCUCCUGCUCUUCAGUGGAGUUCUAUAUGUCCACCUGCGCAAGAGGCAGUGAGCCAAGACAGACGUGAGGGCAAUAAGCAGCAUCAUUCAGUAUUACUUGGUACUGUUAUCCUGUUAUCACUCGACUGUGGUGAACAACAACAGAGACACAAUGUGCGAUGAAAGAGAGUUACAUACACUACAUGACCAAAAGUAUAUGGACACCUGCUCAUUGAACAUCUCAUUCCAAAAUCAUGGGCAUUAAUAUGGAGUU